AUGGACCAAUGUAGUAGUAGUAGUUUCAUCAUUACUUACCACAAGAAAAAAAAAACUCAGGCAUGGCCAAAACAAACCUACAUAUUCACCUUUCUCCAUAUCUUUCUCCUCACUCUUUUCCUUCCCAAAACAAUUUCCUCCCCAACAACAACACAAGAAGCCGAUGCUCUACUGAAAUGGAAAAGCACCCUAUCCCCAUCUCCACAUCUCAAUUCAUGGUCUCCAAAAAACAUCCAAAACAUUUGCAACUGGACUGGCAUCACCUGCCGUGAUAGCCCAACUUCCAUAUCCAAAAUCAACUUAAAAGAUGCAACUCUCACUGGCACUUUAGAUUAUUUCAAUUUCACCCAAUUCCCUUAUCUCGAAAUUUUCGACCUCAGUGGAAACAAUUUCAACGGCUCGAUUCCGGCCCAUAUUGGCAGCCUCUCCAGGCUCACUCGAUUGGACUUGGGCAGUAACAAUUUUGGAAACUCUAUCCCCAAAGAGAUUUUCAAUUUGAUGAAUCUCAAUCAAAUGAGCCUCUUCAAUAACAACCUCAAUGGAGUAAUCCCUUCCCAAAUCGGCAAUCUUCAGAAGUUGGAGUUUCUGAAUCUUGGCUCCAAUUACCUGGAGGCACCCGAUUCAUCGAAAAUUCAAAGCAUGCCCGUGUUACGCCAUCUGGAUCUUAACCUUAACGAGCUCACGUCUCAAAUUCCACCUUUCAUAUUAAAAUGUCCCAACCUCAUUUAUCUCGAUUUGUCAAGCAACAGCCUGUCCGGUAGUAUUCCUGAAUCUUUAUUCAGUAAUUUGGUUAAGCUUCAAUAUCUUAGCCUCAGCAUGAAUUCAUUGGAAGGCCACUUGUCCAAAGACAUCUUCAAGCUAUCAAAUUUAAUCGACUUCCGAUUGGCAAAUAACCUCUUUGUAGGCAAAAUACCAUCCUCUAUAGGGCAACUCACGAAUCUAAAGCGGCUAGACCUUAGCACGAACAUGUUGACUUCAACAAUACCAGUCGAGCUCGGUCAAUGUACUAGGUUGACUUAUUUAGCUCUGGCCAAGAAUAACCUUUCUGGGCCUUUGCCUAUAUCCUUGUCCAAUUUAGCCAGUUUAUCCGAAUUGGGAUUAUCGGAUAAUAAUUUGUCCGGCACAAUCCCGCCUCGCAUGCUCACCAAUUGGGCCAAACUAACAUCACUGCAGCUUCAGAACAAUAAUUUAAGUGGCAGAAUUCCAUCAGAGAUCGGAAAACUGACAGACCUCAACAUCCUCUACAUCUACAACAACAAUAUGUGGGGCGAAAUCCCACCAGAGAUAGGUAACUUAAAAAAAAUCAUACAGCUAGACCUUUCGGCCAAUCGCCUCUCGGGAAAAAUACCCUCGACAAUCGGAAACCUCAAGAAUCUUACAGAGAUUAACCUUUCCUCCAACAAACUCACCGGAAAUAUUCCGCCUGAAAUCGGGAAUCUGAAUUCCCUCGAGACUCUUGAUCUCAGCCAAAACCGAUUGAGUGGAGCCCUACCAAACUCCAUCUCCAACCUUUCUAAGCUUACUUAUUUGUCCCUUUUCAAUAAUAAUCUCUCAGGACCCAUCCCUCAAGACCUGGGAAAGAAGAGUCCCCAACUGGCAGGCAUAAGCUUGUCGAACAAUGGCUUUUCAGGCCUUCUGCCGCCCAACUUAUGCUAUGGUCUAGCCUUGAAAACCUUCACUGUCGACAUGAAUGGAUUUUCGGGUAAUUUGCCGAACUGCAUCAGGAAUUGCCGAGGCCUGACGAGGGUGCGUCUCGAAAUGAAUCAGUUAUCUGGUGACAUUUCGGAUGCAUUUGGCAUUCAUCCGCAGCUCGAGUUCUUAAGCCUGAGUUGGAAUCGGUUCACUGGCCAGGUCACGCCCAAAUGGAGUAAGUGGAAGAACAUCACGGAUAUUCGGAUGGAUCACAACAAUAUAUCAGGCGUUAUUCCAGCUGAGUUAGGUAGUCUAAAAAAACUCCGUGUUCUAGACUUGAGCUCGAACAAAUUGACGGGCAACAUUCCGGUUGAACUCGGAAAGCUGAGCCAAUUGCUUAAUCUCAAUCUCAGCGGCAAUCUUUUGAAAGGAAAAAUUCCGAGGGAAAUUGGGCAGUUGAGAAUGGUUGAGUACCUUGAUCUGUCGCGAAAUCGACUCAAGUGUAAAAUUCCAGGAGAAUUUGGAAAUCUGAUUCGCUUAGUAGGGCUCAACUUGAGCAAUAACCUGUUAACAGGGAAGAUUCCGUACGAAUUAAGGGGAUUAAAGAGGUUGCAAUAUUUUUUGGACCUCAGUAACAAUAGGUUGUCUGGGGCAAUCCCUUCGUCUUUGGGGGCCCUAGCUUAUUUGGAGAGUUUGAACCUAUCGCAUAACAAUUUGUGUGGCCAAAUGCCUAAAGAAUUGUGCAGUAUGGUGAGUUUGAGGGAUAUGGACUUUUCUCAUAACAACUUAUCGAGAGGGAGUCCCAAAGAUAUAUAUGAACCAUCAUCUGGGAAGGGAUCACUUCCCCAUUGCACGCUAACAAGCUAG